CGUUUACAGUUCUGAUGCCAAGAAUAACGAUAUCGAGAUGGGGAAAGAUCCAAGGAAGCCGAGGGGCAAGAUGUCCUCCUAUGCCUACUUUGUCCAGACCUGUCGAGAGGAGCACAAGAAGAAACACCCGGAAGCUUCCGUCAACUUCUCCGAGUUCUCCAAGAAGUGCUCUGAGAGAUGGAAGACCAUGUCCGCCAAGGAGAAGGGGAAGUUUGAGGAUCUGGCCAAGCUGGACAAAGUGCGUUAUGAGAGGGAGAUGAGGAGCUACAUUCCUCCCAAGGGAGAGAAGAAGAAAAGGUUUAAGGACCCCAACGCCCCCAAGAGACCAUCGUCUGCUUUCUUCAUCUUCUGCGCUGAUUUCCGACCCCAGGUGAAGGGGGAGACCCCUGGCCUGUCAAUAGGUGAUGUGGCUAAGAAGCUGGGAGAGAAGUGGAACAACCUAACAGCGGAGGACAAGGUGCCCUAUGAGAAAAAGGCUGCCAAGCUGAAGGAGAAGUACGAGAAGGACAUCACUGCGUACCGCAACAAGGGCAAGGUGCCCGUCAGCGUGCCAGCGAAGGCCGCUGCCCCAACCAAGGACGACGACGACGAUGAUGACGAUGAUGACGACGAUGAAGACGACGAUGAUGACGACGACGAUGACGAGUAGAUCAACGUUGUUACGUGUAGAGCUUAUCACUUCUUGUUUAUAAAGCAUUUAACCCCUCUUGUUCACACAUCACUUACUCAGAACAAAAAUAAAAAACAUUACUUGAAAAAGUUACUACAACAAAAAAAACUCUCUCUCCCUCCAAAAUGUAAACGCUGUGUAUAAGAAUUGUUUUGCAGCUGUACAGGUUGUUGUCUCCUCUUUUUGUAUAGUUAACACUACAACAGUGUCACAUGUGUCUGUCUGUGUUUCUAUCUCCCCCCCCAAAAAUGGAAUCCUAUUCCUUAUUUAGUGCACUAACUUUUGACAAAGUCCUUAUAGGGUUCAGGUCAAAAGUAGGGCACUAUAUAGGGAAUAGGAUGCAAUUUGGGAUGCGACCCCCCCCCUUUUGUUACAGUUUAAAGCGGUUGUAAAAAAAACAAAUUGGCUUGGAAACCAAUUGGUCUAUUUGCCUUAGCUAGUAGUGCACAGCAGCACAUUACCAAGUUAUAAUGUAGUGUCUUAGUAGUUCUUCUGUUUCCAAUGGCUGGUGCAUUUGUUUUUCUUGUUUUAAAUGACGUCUUAUCAACUUGCCGUAUUAUCAUAAAGUUAUUUUACUGGACUAUUUGAAUACCACUGUAAUUGCAAAAAAAGAAAUAUUUGCAUUAGUUUUUUUUGUGUUUUUUUUUAGAUUCUGAACUGCUUCUGACGUCAAUAAACAUUUUUUUUUU